AUGUCUGCACAAACCUCCACAACCACCGGCUAUGACCACAGCAAUCUCCACCAUGUGGUCAUUACGGCUACCUGUUUUGCGUUCCUUCUCUCCACUGUGUCGGUGGUGCUGCGCAUCGUCUCUCGCAAGAUCAACGGCACGGGUCUCUUCAUCGACGACUACUUUAUUAUCGGUGCUUUGUUCUUUCUGUAUGGGAUCACAAUUGCAGGAAUAGUCUUGAUGUAUAAUGGCCUCGGCACGCAUUUGGUCUAUGUCUCGUCAGAGCAUCUCGUCGUGUAUAUGAAGACUCUCUUUACGGGCUCCAUCCUCUACACAUGCUGCAUCGCAUGCAUCAAACUAUCCAUCCUUACUCUAUACCGACGGCUUUUCCCCACCAAGUCGAUGCUCGUAGCGGUUAACAUCGUCGGCGCGAUUGUCGUUCUAUGGUGCUUUGGGGCUUGCCUGAUCUCCACCGUCACUUGCAUCCCGCUCCAUAAACUCUGGGAACCUACCGUUCCAGGGGGGUGUAUCGACCUUCCGAAAUUCUACUACGGGCUGCAGGGGCCGAACAUUAUCACCGAUGCGGUGAUUCUCAUAAUGCCGAUGAAGAUCGUUUGGGAUCUACCCAUCUCGCGCGUGCAAAAGUCACUGCUCUCGGGCAUUUUUGUCGUCGGUUUUCUAACCUUGAUCUUUGACAUCAUCCGACUAAUCGCUUUGAUCCAACUGGCCAACUCCGGCGAUGAUGCGACCUACAACGAAGUGCCUUCGAGCGUGUGGACCUGCAUCGAACCCGCCGUGGGCAUCACGGCUGCCUGCCUGUCAAACAUGCGACCCUUGUUUACCAUCGUCUAUCGCCGGCUCGGGGGCGAUCGUACGGCUGGCCCGUCCGAGGAGAAGAUGAAGAGGCGUCAAAGCGGAUCUCCGACUGCGAACAGCGAAGCUGCCAGUGAUGAGACUCAGGUUUAG